CAAUGCGAAAGCUCGCUAGGCGGCGCUGUAGAUCGUAAAUAAGAAAAUUGCGCAAUCCUAACCUCGGUUUACAUCGUUUACAUUACGGAGUUUUUUCCUAUGAAAACGCCAGAGAUGUCCGAAUGUGCGAGCUAUUUUUAGUGAGAAAUCCUUUCUGCAUGACGUAUUUGGCAAAAAUUUUCCCGGGUUUUGUCAAGAAUGGACGAAUAUUCCCAACUGCUGUUAACAGAUACAGAGAGUGAGACUGAUUCACAGGGGUCACUUGAUUUGGAUGCCACUCAGGGUCCAUCGGGAUCCACACAAGAUUUCACUUAUAGUCAAGACACAAGGUCCCCUGAAAGUUCAAUAACUGUGGAAAGCCCAAAGAAGGCAAGUGACCCAGCAGCAAAACCAAGGAAGAGACAAAUAAAUCACUUCUUGGCUGUUGGAAAUCCAACAAACUCCGACUCGGACAUAGAACAAUCCCAAAGCCUGUUGAAAAGGAGAAAAUCCACAAAAAAAGGUACCCUAAUUUUUCCAUGGUUGCAGAUAUCUAUAGAUACACUACCUUCACUUGGAAGAAGAUUCAAGUACCAUUGAGUGAUUUAGGGAAAGUGGAAUAUAAGUGGACAAUUUUCAUUACGAAAGCAACAGCUAAUUAGCUUAAUUAUGUCAUUUAUAGACUGUAAAAAAAUACUGAAUUAUUUCUAUCUUUAAGUUUACAAUCUAAUGAACAAAUCCUGAAAAUUUGAAGAAAAAACAUCCAUAAAUAAAAAAUUAUAGACAUCGGUCACUUUUUGUUUUGUUUUCUAAAUUGGGCUUUAAAUCGGUUAUAAGGUUUCAAAUGUUCACAUACCCAUAACUUUGUCAUUUUUGAAGUUAUUAAGUUCAAAUAAACUGUAAUAAGUUUUAUUUGACCAACUUAUGAAAUAUACAUGCAGAAAAACUACUCUA